AUGAAAAAGGAUCUUUCUAUGUCAUCUUUGAUGUCCUUGUCUAGCGUGAUAAUUCACUGCGUUAUAGCAUCGCGCAAUUGUAUUUUUCCAUUUUCCUUUGCCCUUAAGGGAUAUGUAACUGUUUGUUCAUUUGGUCUAACCUUUUCGGAAUUACAUUGCACUACAUUAGAAAAGGGUGAAGAUUGGCCAUUUUAUUCCCCAAAACAGGGUUACACCUAUAUAUAUACAUCUUUUAGCGCCUUUCUUAAUAGUAUCAUAAAUCUAGCCCAAAUGAAAAAAGUGGGAGUUUUCCUGUUUGUUGUUCUUAUCAAAGAAAUAAUUUCAUUGAAAAUAUGUUCGAGGAGAAAAUACCCUAACGUGGAAAACGGGGUGUACCAGCUGGACAACCGAGGGAGGCCGAUCAAAAUUGUGGAUGUGAAUUACCACCAUGUGUGGGAACUACCAAAGGGGGGAAGUGUUAAUUCUUACACAGUUGUUAAAAAAAAUGGAAAGGUUAAAAAGUUUAGCGAAGGAACAAACAUAAUUUAUGGAACCACAAAAAAGGUCAACGGGGGACGGGGCAGUGAAGGGGAAGAAGAGGAGGACGAGGCUGCUGAUGAAAAUAAAAUAAAAAAGGAAAUUGCAAAGAGGAAAAAAUUGAAUAAUAUAAAAAAUGUGUCUAAUGUAGCUAAAAAUGAAAAAGAUGUGGAAGAGAAAAAAAAAGAAAAAAAAAAACUGCAAGUGCCUCGUGCCAUGCAUAUAACAGCGGAAGAUGUCCCGGAGGAGGAACAGGCGAACGAGGAAGAGGGAUAUGGCAGUAUAGCAAAAGAAUUAGGAGCUAAGAUAAAGGAAAAUUUGGAGAGCCAUUACGAGGAAAGCAAAGCCCCAUCUUCCUUGAGUGCCGAUUUGUUAGACGUUAAAAUUCCGACCAGUUUGGAAAAGUUGUUGAUGGACGAUUUGGAAGAGGGGAAAUGGCUCUCUAAAAAGGCUGUUCACGAUAAAAUAUGUUUGCGGGAUUACUCCAAACAGUGUCCUUCUUUAUGGGAGAAAGUAUCAGAAACGCAGUGCAUCUCGCCCAAGGACUACGCAGGGCCCUGCUCGCACCUGAUGACUUUUGAACCCAUGAACGCAAAGGAGAAAAGUCUCAUAGGAAUGGACUGUAAAGUAAAUUGGUUGUGCCUUAAUGAGUUGUGCGGAAAUAGCGGACGGGAUUACUCACAGGAUUGUCCAGAGAAUUGGACGUACACCGGAAAAUGCGAGGCUCCAGAAAACUAUUCCGGAGGAUGCAACAAGACGAUGGAUUUUGGGGUCUUCACAAAAAAGGAGAAGGAGGAGUUUUCGUCCGAAAGGGAUUACUCAAUAACGUGUCCUAAAGGCUGGUCCUACAAUGCGAGCAAGGAUACCUGCAACAGUAGCCACGGUUUCGAAGGGCUGAUUUCGAAGGAGGAAAUGGAAGCCAUAAGCAACAUGUCUUACCACCAAAGAGUAGCCUUUUCCACGAAGUACGGAAUCGUCUGGCCAUGCAAGAACAAGUGCACCCUUGGCUACGACCUCUAUGACUGCCCCCGAGGAUGGAUCAACCUGAUGAAUUCAGGAGUUUGUAAAGCCCCAGAUGAUUACAUCCCCCCGGCUAGCUGUCCUCGUAUAACCCAUUUUGACUAUAUGAGCAUAAAUGAAAAGGAGGCAUUUAGCAGGAAGUGCCAUGUUAAGUGGCUAUGCGUUGAAAAUUCACAGAGAGAUUAUUCCAAGUGUCCCAAAUAUUUUGACUACGGAACUGAAGGAAAUGAUAAAGGGCUGUGUAUUCCAAAUGAGAAAUAUAAAGGGCCAUGUAAAGAAGCACAAGAUAUACUCUCCUUAAAUCUGGAGCAAAAAUAUAAUUUUGAAGAAACUUGUGAAGCUCAGUUUCCUAAUAUGCGGAGCGAAGAUAUUCCUCAAGCGAAUGAGGAUGUUAUCGACCCCACUACGAUGGAAAAACUACUCAAGGGAACAGACACCACGGAUAAGGGAAUUACCUUGGAGUAG